AGCCGAACGUAUCAACAAUCCGAUAAGGUACUCCACUGGCUGUUGCCCACAAUUCGCGAGAGCCAAACGUAUCAACAACCCGAUAACGUACUCCACCGGCAGUUGCGUAAGCGGGUAACUGCUUCUCACUUUCAGUUAUCGCAGGGCCUUCGAGUUCGAAGGACGGAAAGAGAAAUCCAGGGAAUUAAGACAUUUACGCGCGGGUGACGGAAGAUGUCCGCUUUCGCCCUCACAGCCAGUCCUGCAUUGUUAAUACCCAGGAAAUGCAGAACCAGAAGGCGUUUCAAAGUUUUCGCAAACACUUUCCCCUCGUUUCUGCCCAAAGAAAUUAACAAUAUCAAAGAUCCUUUUGCUAGAAAGCUCGCUGCUAGAAUAGAAAGACUUCCUGUAAGCUUCUCAGAGAGUUGUAUCAUGAGUAGUUGUGUGAAGCCUUUGGUACAGAGCAAUAUGAAUCCACUGGUUCUCCUCCAUGGUUUUGACAGUUCAUGCUUAGAAUGGAGAUACACAUUUCCACUACUUGAGGAGGCUGGCAUGGAGACCUGGGCUUUUGACAUUCUUGGUUGGGGUUUCUCUGAUUUAGAAAGACUUCCAUCAUGUGAUGUUGUAUCUAAGCGCAAUCAUUUUUAUCAGUUUUGGACGUCCCACAUAAGAAGGCCUAUCAUCUUGGUUGGACCAAGUCUCGGUGCUGCUGUUGCAAUUGACUUUUCUGUCAAUCAUCCUGAAGCUGUAGAGAAGCUGAUUUUGAUUGAUGCAAGCGUAUACACUGAAGGCACAGGAAACCUAGUAAACUUACCUAGAACAUUAGCAUAUGCUGGGGUGUAUUUAUUGAAGAGCGUCCCUCUCCGCUUAUAUGUAAAUUUUCUGGCUUUCAGUGGUAUAUCAUUGAGUACCAGCAUUGACUGGAUGAAUGUGGGCCGCGUACAUUGUCUAUAUCCUUGGUGGGAAGAUGCAACUGUUGAUUUUAUGCUUAGUGGUGGUUACAAUGUCAUUGCUCAGAUAGAGAAGGUCAAGAAGAAGACUCUUAUAAUUUGGGGUGAGGAUGACCACAUUAUCAGUAACAAAUUAGCAGUGAGGUUGCACUGUGAGCUUCCAAAUGCAAUCCUACGUCAGAUACCAGAAUGCGGCCAUCUGCCUCAUGUGGAAAAACCCAAUUCUGUUGCAAAAUUGAUGUUGGAAUUUGUCAAAGAAGAUUGCUCUACAGAAGUUCAAACUACUCAAUAGUGAAGGUCUGUCUUUUAUUCUGAAUUGUGGCCUUGAUAUGUUAAUGAGAAUGCUGAGUUUUGAAUCCAGCUAUAGGUUUAUGAAAUUGUUGGAACUUAGGAUUCUGCUAGGACUGAAAUUAGCCAUUUUUUUACUGUGUAGCACUGGUAAGAUUCUGGCCCUUAUAAUGUUAGCCAAGAUGAGAAAUUCAUUUCUGAGACGGUAUUUUAAUAGGAUUUAUGGAAUAGUUGCACUUGAGAUGGUAAUUGGAGUUUGCUUUCUCUUCUUUCUUUCCUA